UCAUCCCGCGCCCUUUCUCCCCCGACCUCCCGUUUCUCCCGCUCCCUCUCUCUUCCGCAACGGCGCGUGGCGGCCUGAGCACGAGGCGACGCGGCUGACUGCAGGGGCACGGUGCUAACUCCUCCUCUCGCUCGAUUGCAGAGAGGAAUUUCAUUCGGCUGUUAAAUCGGGGGCAAAGGGUCGAGCAGGGCGCCGCCGAGGAAGGAAGGGCGCCGAGCGGCCGCCUGGCCUGACGCGAGGAAGCCAACGCCGGCAGCUCCGCGCGAGGAAGACGACGCGGGCCUUAUAGGCGGAGCGCCCGUCUCGCCGGCGACCACCGCCACCAUGGCAUUCGCGGGCCUGGAGCUGCGGUGCCCCAGGGCGCUCGACCCCGGCCCGAGCUGGACGCUGGGCGACGCCCUCACCGACGCGCUCGAAGCUACCCGCUGCUCCGCGCCGCCCACGCCCCUCAAGCAGCCACCGGAGUGGGCUAGCGGUGGCAGCAUGAGGGAGAAGGCCUUUGUGAUGCAGGUCGAGGAGGAAUACGACACCAGUGAUGAGGAUACCCGGGCUCUUGUGACCACCGGAGCGAGGUUCUCAUGUAACGAUCUCGAAUCCGGCGGAUUUGAAGAUUCUGGAGAUGAAAUAGAUUGCAGCAGUACACCAUAUCACCUGAUGGAGAAAAGGAGCCUAGAGAAGAGCAUUCUGCUUGAGCUGGAACUUGAGCAUCAUCUCAAAAUUCAAGAGGAAGUUAGAAGUAAGCUAUGUUCAUUGGAGGUAUGCCAUCAAAAUGAAAUCCAGAGAACAAUUUCUGCAUUUGCCCGACUUCAGAAAUAUGCAGAAUCACAAAAAGAGAUAGAUAGAAGGCUGGAUGUCCAGUUCCAGAGAAAAAUUGCAGAAGUACUCGAUAAACACUUGUCUAUGGUACAAAUGGAUUAUGAACAGAAAUCCCAGAUUGUGGAACGUAGAAUAAGAGAUGAAUCAGAAUUACCAGGAAUCAAAGUUUUUGCUGAUAGUAUCGCAUUAGAAGCGGAAUCGCGGAGGCGUGCAUUACAUGAUCAAGUGCCUUCAAAUAUUUACCUAAGCAAGGAGUAUAGCCAAUAUGGCCGGCAAAUUGGGAAGUCUAUUGGUAAACUUACGCCAACUACUGACAGUGUCAAAGCCAGGGCUAGUGAGCUUAUUAAAGCUUUAGAUGGACAAGAUUGUCCUCGUCCAAUCGCUUGUCGUUUAUUUGCAGACAAGAUGAUUUCAAUAGUCAAGAGUCGAAAUACAAAGGACAAAACCUUUGGACCGUUAGCCUUUGCUUGUGGAUAUGUAAUGCUACUAGUCACUAAUCAGGUACCAGAUGUGAUGGGUUAUCUCCUAGCUGAGUUCCACAAAGUUUGCAUGUACACAGUUCCAAAGCAUCUGCAUGCUUUAAAUGCACAAGCACGAAACCCGGAUUACUACAGGCUUAUUGGCUACCAGGAAGAAGAUGAAAAACCUCAGAGCACUGAGUCGUAUUUGGUAAAUGUUGUUGCAUACGUCAAACUGUAUGCUGCCAUGAUUCAGACAGAAAUCAAGGGUGUGCCGCAUCCACAUGGCUUAGCCGAGGGAUGGAAAUGGCUCGCAGUGUUCCUCAAUACUCUCCCAGCCAUCACAGCCACUGCUUUUGCCCUUCAUGCUUUCCUCAAGAUGGCCGGUUUCGCACUUCACAAGAAAUAUGGAUCGCAGUUCAUGAAGAUCCUAGAUGUAAUAUCGCGGCGCUUCAUACCAGCUUUGAAAGAACUGGGCGUAAAGGUUCAGGCAGAGGCUGUCAGCAAUCUACAGAAUUAUCUGAACGACAAGGUUUAUCUGGAGGAGCCGGAAGGGCAGUACCUCGCCCAGCACCUGCUGUCGAAGGUGUUCAUGUGUGAAGAUCAACACCGGAUGGCUACCAGUGCUCCGGUUUCGUCGAGGGAGUAAGCUGACGUGUGGAGAAGCCCCCAAAUCGGCUGAAGAUCAUCUUAGAUGGUAAAUUCGGAUGUAGUAGAAGUGCCACUUGGUAGAGGUCACCCGAUUCGUUGUAAUUUACGUCUUCACGUACUGCGAGGCACAUGCAUAUCUUUGUCUAUAUCAGAUUCAUGUCAACAUUCUUCUGAAUGUAAUUCAUCCGCGUUGACCAAGUUUGCAA